AUGAUAAUUAUAAAGAUAAUACUUAUGAAAAUAAUACUAUUGAUAAAUCUAAUAUCUCUCAAAAUAUAGAAAUUGAUGCUAUUGCUAAAUCUCAAGAUAUAAAAAUUGAUUUUAAGAAUAUAAAUAUAUUGAAGAUAUAG